AUGGACGCGACCGACCCGUCUCCCGCACCAAAUGUCCUGGCGCAUUUGACCAAGGCCCCGAUCGCCGCGCUAUCUCCGACUCUCGAGCAGCCCGAAGAGAAGUGUAUCCUCGCGAAUGUGACGCUUGUAUGGCCAUACUCGUCCUCGACCCGGUCAAUCAGCCUUCUACUAUCCGAGCCGGAUUUCCGCCUGCGUCGCUCCAACGGCCAGGUCAAGGUCGUGUUCCAUUGGCACGUCGCUGAACGGGUUGCGGAAUCGCAUGUCGGGAUUGGUGACAGUGUGUGUCUUGCUUUGAGGGGCUCAAAGUGGGUUGCCAAUGAAACGGCGACACAGACGCCAGGGAAAUAUGUCGCGUGGGAUGCUCAUUUCGAAAGUGGCGUGUCUAUUGAGUCACAUGUGCCUGUGCCGAGUGUUGCUGAAUUCGCACCGCCCACAACCCCGGGUAGGAUCUCGAUGGAUCCCGAAAUCGACGGUGCUCCCGGUAUAGGUUCAUGGGGAUCUCCCGCAUUCUCAAAGUCGAGCCGGAAAUCAUUCGGCGAAGCUCUCGAUUCCGCUUUCGACCCGUUCGCGGAGGAAGAUGGGUCUGUUCCUGGGAAGGGAAGAAAGCGCCCUCGAUUCAGCUUGCGAAGAGAGGAAUGGCGGAUCGUGGAUGAGCCCGAGAGUCCCCGGGAACGAGAGGGCACAGUGGAUUGGGAACAUGAACUUGACGAAGAGGAAAAGUUGGAGAAAGAGGCCAACCAGGCGGAUACGAAUGUUGAACCCGAGAACGAUAUUCCGAUUCCCGAUGCUGUGGAGAAUUAUCACAGCCCGGAGCUUACAUCUUAUGAGAGUGCGCCAGUCUUCGCGAAGCCUUCCCUCGAACUUACCGGAAGCAUUCUCGAGAGGCGCGCGGAGCAAUCGGCUAAUACUGCGUCUUCUGGGCCUGUCAAUCUUGCCGAACAAGAUGAUUUGAGAGCGACAUUUCGUCUUCCUACAGAUACACCACAUCUUCAACCAAUUCCUUCCCCAGGACUCCCAAUCCCCUCGCCACUUGUUCCGAAUCAGAACCACCCCCAAGGCUACUUUUCAUCAAUGUCUGCUGCCACCCAGGCGCAAGAUAUCCCGUCUAUUCCCGAAGAGAUCAGACCCAAUACCACUACAAACUCGACCGUCUUACCUCGUCUCACCCCACCUUCCCCUCUUCAAGCGGCUGAUAUCUCUGCUGCGCAUGCUGAAACAGCACACCAGAACCCGCCGAUUGAUUCAUUUGAGCUUUUCACACAUCCCUCAGCGUCAACAUCAUUUCCAGGCCAUGUGCCGGCUGAGAUAAAUGGCGAAGUGCCGACUAGCUUUGAAGAGGAGGUCCAUCCCUUUGAAUCCAGAGGCAAUCUCGAGAUGCACACCGCAGAUAUUGACAUGGGGAAUGCCGAUGAUCAAAUGCAAUUUCCAAGUGCAGCAGAGGGAGUUAUCCGUCGGUCAGUAGAAGAAAAUGACCAAGAAGACUGGGGAGGUAACGAAAAGAACGAAGACGAGGACGAAGAAGCUGAAGAGGCACAAGGCAGCAACAUGGUAUCAAUGGAAGAGGAGGAGUUUGGUGCACAGGACGGUUUCCAACCAGAAGUACAACCGCAGGAUCUCCCGCACUCAACAUCUUCCCCGGAGCUGGAUGAAGAAAAUGGUGAUAUACCGGAGGCAGAAGAAGAACCGAGGGACUAUGAACCCGAAGCAAUUGAAAUUCCGGAAGACAAAGCCGAUGUAUCACCGGAGGUGAUGGUUCGCGAUCGUUCACACAGUCUAACCUACAGCGAGGACGAACGUGAUCCAGAAGCAGCAGACGAAGCACUUCAACACGAAGAAGCAUCUGAUUCUGCUUCGCCAGAUGACUAUGAUAAUGAUUUUCAAACUGAGGCGGAGGUUCCCGAGGAAUUGGGUUAUGAGUCUGAGGAAGAACACGACUCACUACCGCCGCCUACCCAGCAUGAGGUCAUUGUGCUGGACAGCGAUAGUGACGAUGAACUCGCUUCUGAGCAACCGGUGGCUACCCCAUCCCAGCCGCCACGCCCCCAAAACAGAUCAUAUCACGAGGGUCUGUCUACCCUUUCCGCAGUUGCAGAAUUUGCAAUGGAUGGAAAUGAUGAGGCCUGGUCAGUCAUUGGAGAAGAGUUAGAUAAUGAAGGACCCAAAAGUGAGGAGGAAGAUGAUGAUCAAGUUCACGAAACCGAUACAGACGAGUCAUCAGUGGACGAGUUGGCGCGAGAUCAUUAUGAUUUCCGAGGUCGCGAAGUCUCCGCUGAAGAUCAAGACGACGACCAAUCUAUGGAAGCGAAGUCGGAGGAAAUUGCGGCAAACAGUGGGGGGGUUCGACCUCGUUGCUGA